AAUAAUAACACAAAAUAUCUCUUUUUUUCAAAACUGAAAAUAAUUAUAAUAAGUCAUAUAUAUAUAUAUAUAUAUUUAAGUAUUACAUUAAUUAAUCAUUGUAAUCAUCAUAAUACAUACCAUGCUAUUUUUAUGAUAUAAUAUAGUAUUUUCGUUGGUUUCCGCUAACUUAAAUUAUUGCUAAUUUUAUUAUUAUUUAAUGAAUCAUUUAAAAAUUUUUUAGAUGUAUAAUAUAUAUAUAUAACAUUUUAUUUAUCAAUAGAUACCUGCUUUAGUCGUUUAGGAGUUCCUUUAGUUAUAUCGAAUACAUCAUCAUUGAAGUUAUCCAUAGGUCAGUCCAAAAGUUCGUGCACAUUUUGGCGAAAUUUUUAAAUGGUGUAAAUAAAACACAAUUUAAAAUUUUAAUCUAUGAUAUAUUCUCCUCCGCUAUCUACAAUAUCUCGCCAUUUUUCUGGUAGCUUUUUUAUUCCAUUGGUGUAAAAAGAUUCUGGUUUUGAAGCAAAAAAACUUCUGAAUUCAUUUUGUAUAUCCUAUUUAGAAUUGAACUUUUUGCCUUGGCAAAAAUUUUGUAAGGCACGAAAUAAGUGAAAAUCACUUGGGGCAAUAUCCGGGGAGUAUGCAGGAUGCGGCAAAAGCUCCCAAUUCAGUUCAAUAAUUUUUUGCAGCGUUGUUAGAGCUAUGUAGUCUAGUCGUAUGUAGUCUCAUGGUGAAACAACAAUUUCUUCAUAUUCUUCAAUCGCGGACGUUUUUUAAUUAAUUCUGAAUUUAAACGGCAAAGUUGUUCACUGUAUGCAUCUGCAUUGAUGGUUUUAUUUGGUUCUAACAAUUUAUAAUAAAUGACACCAUACAUAUCCCACCACACACUUAGCAGAACUUUUUUAGGAUGUAAAGACGUCUUUGGUGUUGGAAUUGGCUGCUUAACUUUGUCUGUCCACUGUCUUUUUCUGGUGACGUUAUCAUAAAUAAUCCAUUUUUCGUCAUCUGUUACCAAAUGAUCUAAAAAUGGCUCUCUUUCAAAGAGCGAUAGAAGAGAGAUGCAGAUGUUUAAUCUCUGCUAGCAAUUAGCUUCGGACAGCUCGUGUGGUACUCAGUUUCCAAGCUUAGAUACUUUUUUAAUCUCCUUUAAAUGGCGAAAGACUGUCCCAUGAGAUGAAUGCAUCUUUUCUGCGAUUUGAUCCACUGUUAAAUGUGGCUCUGACUCCACAAGAUUUUUAAGAACGUUGUUAUCAAAAUCAACAGGACGUCCUGAACGGGGUUCAUCAUUAAUGUUGCUUUUUCCAAGUUUAAAUUUUUCAAACCAUUUCUGGGCAGUCCUUACACUAAUAGUAUGUGCACCAUGUACACUAUUAAUUUUUAUUGCUGCAGAUCUGGCAGUUUCACCACUCGAAAAGAAAAAAUAUAACACAGCACGUUUAUAUGCGUUAUCGAUAUUCAUUUUUUAUCGGUACUAAUAUGCGUUUGAUCUUUACGAAAUUUGGUGACAAACUGACGAAUACAUCAGUCAAACGAUGACAAGUUUUGACAGAUUCGAAAUCUUAUCGAUCUGCUAAUGAGUCAUUGUGAAUCCCAUACAUGCUACUAAUGCGCACGAACUUUUGGACUGACCUAAUAUUUAUUUUCAUUAACAUUAUUUUUUUUAACGAUAAUAAUGAAUAGGAGCGAAGAAGAUAUCAUACGAAUAUUUUAAAAGAAAUUUAUUCUGUUUUGCAUUGUACAAUAAUGAAUAUAUUCAAUGUAUAAACGGUAUAUAAAUGACGUUAUAUUUCGUCAAAAGUUCUCAGUAUUAGAUAUAUCAAUUUUUUAAAAUCUCCAUCUUUUAUUUAUUUUCUUUCUAUUCUAUAGAAGUUACGUAAACAAAGAUAAUAUGAUAUACACUGUAUAUACUAUAACAGAUAAUUUAUUGAGGGGAUAUACAUACAUAAAUGAUUAAUACAACGUAUUUGUGGGUCACGGAGAUAGGAGAUGUAAGGGUCAUCUUUUGACUUCCAUAAACUCAGUUCACUUUAGUUGAGUUACGAUCACAUACAUCAUGAAAUUUACAGAUAACAAUUUUUUUAAGUGUCUUCUUACAUGGAAACUAGGAAGAAUUUUUGUUUUUAUAUUACUAUGCAACGUACAAUCAAUAUAUGGUUUAUUUACACCAGAAAAGGAAUAUAGAUAUUUGUAUAAUGCUACUUCUAGUUCAGGUGUAUUAUUACCAUCUAGUUCUGCAUCUUCAUGGAGUUUAAAUGGAAUACUUGUGAUUCAAGCAAGAGAAAAUGCUGCAGUAAUGCAGUUUCAAUCAUUGAAAAUGAAUAUUUGGAAUGGCAAAACUGGAGAAAAAGGAGAAGAUAUAGAUAUUAACGAAAGUGAUGAAGAUCUUUUAAUGCCUUUUGAAGUCACAUAUAAAAUGGGACUUGUAGAAAAUUUCACUAUACAAAAUGAAUCUGUUUGGGUUACAAAUAUCAAGCGUAGUAUAGUAGGAAUAUUACAACUGGAUCUCUCUACUAUAGAAAAGGAAGCAGCAUUCCAUUCUACUGAAACAAAUCAUUAUGGUCAAUGCGACAUAGAAUAUGUUAUAAGUAGUGAGAAUGAUAAUGAAAAAGUAAUUAGAAAGUCUUUAGAUCCACGGACUUGUAUUGGUCAUUCCUUUCGAUUUUGGACCAAUGUUCCAAGAAUGCAAUGUCCUCAUUCUGAACAAGAUCCCAUUUUAAAAUCCAGCGAACGAUUAUAUUAUGUAAGAUAUAAUAACACUGUAGAAGAUAUUUUAUAUAUUAAUGCAACAGGAGGAAUAUAUGUACAACCAUUUCAAAGUUUUGGUGAAGCACAGUUUUAUUUUUCAAGGCAGAAUCUUCAAUUAAUUACGGUACAAGAUAUAGUGAAUCAAAUUUCAUUGUACAAUCCACAUACUGUAACUUUGCAACAUGAACUUCCAGAGGAAGAUUUGACACAAGGUAGAGGAGUACUAGAUAAAGAUACUAUUUUUAAAGUUAUAGGAAACUUAUUAGAUCGUUUGAGCCAAACACUUGAGACUCCUGGUUUAGAUACAGAAAUAAAUAAUCUACAUAACACAACUAUUUCUAUUCUUCUCUAUUAUCUUGGAAUGUUAGACCGUACUGAUUUAGAAAUCGCAUACAAUAAUAUUUCAGGAACUAGUUACAAAGAAGAAACAAUACGGAAUAUGUUUUUGGAAGCACUUCCACAAAUUGGAAGUAAAGACUCUGCCUUGUUUAUAUUCGAUUUAAUUCAAAAUCAUAAAGUAUCAGAUAUAAUAGCAAUACAACUUUUAACUCAAUUACCAUUUCAUGUUAGGAAACCAGACAUACAAUUAUUAAUAACUUUACGACCACUUCUAAGUUUAGCAAGAGAGAUUUCUGCAGAAAUUCAGAAUACAGCCAUUCUUUCAUAUGGCACAUUGAUUUAUAAAACAUGCCUUGUGUAUUGUUCAUACGAAAUACUUGACGAUUAUGUACGUUUUUAUCUUGAUAAAUUCACAGAAAGUACUGAGUAUGAAAAAAAAAUGAUAUGGUUAGAAGGUUUGGCAAAUAUACAAUUAGGAAGGGUAGUUGAAUUUUUAGAAUCUAUUGCAAGUGGGAAUAAUGCAGAAUCACGUCAUUUUCGUGUACUUGCGGCUUGGGCAUCUCUUCCAUCUGCACCUUUAAGACCAGACAUUAUAUAUCCUGUGUACUGGCCAAUAUUGGUAAAUAAGACAGAGCAUUUAGAAAUGAGAGUAGCUGCAUUGACAUUAUUAAUUGUUUCUAAUCCAACAUCAAGUAGAUUAAUAUCUUUGUAUUGGUAUAUGAAAACUGAACCAAAUCUGCAUUUAUAUAAUUAUUUUUAUACAACCCUAAAAUCUAUAGAGCAGACAACAUAUCCUUGUUAUCUUGAUAUGGGAAGUAUAGCAGCACAAUUUACACGUGUACUUCGUAAACCGUCUAAUAAUAAAUUGUUACUAACUGGUAAUUAUCUGUUCGACUACAAAGAUACAUAUAGAAAAUUUGGAGCCAUGCUUCAUGGAAUUUUUAUAGCAAAUCCAGCUACGAAUAUACCAGAAGCAAUGUAUGUUACUUUGAGUAAUUAUGGAAGUGGUACUACUAUAAAUCAUGUAUCUUUGUAUAUCAAAGCGGAAGGUCUUCUACAUUCUUUAUCAACUUAUCUUGAAAAUCCAACACACGUUAAAGAUAUACUGAAUCAAUAUAAAUUAGAUCAGAAAGAAACUGCUCCAAUACAUUUAGAAGUAAUUGCACAAGUCCAACAGAAGACUGUUUUAUGUUUACAUUUAAAUCAAACGAAUAUUGCAAAAGUAGUUCAAUAUUUAGCUUCGUUAUCUGAUAAUAUAUAUCAAAUAUUCCAAAAUACAGAAUUUCAUAUUAAUCAACAACGAAUAAAUAUUCCCAUAACUAUGGAAUCAGUACAAGUAACGGAUAUGGGUACAAAUGUAAGACUUAGCAUGACAGCAACAUCAUUAUUUUCAAUGAGAGGAAAUUUUAUACAUUCGGAUAUUGGACGUAAUAAUCAUGUUAUAUUAAGAACAUCCAUUCAUGGAAGUGAAAUAAUUGAAAAUUAUAAUCCUUUGGUUGAUUUGUGGCAUGCAGCUGAGAGAACACAAUCUAUCCAUGGAUAUCUUCCUAUUAAUAUUACAAUUGGAUUAGAUGAGAGGCCAUUUAUCACAUAUAAUACACCAGGAGAACAUUUUAAAAUGGGAGUCGUUGCUCAUGUAAGAACAGUUACCCAUAUAAGAGGACCUAAGACUCAAACAAAGUUAAAAGUUAUUUGUCCUAAUUGCCCAACAUCAUAUACAGUUAGAAGAGUAUUACCAAUAAAUAAAUUAAAGACAAUAAAUUUAUUUGAAUUUGAAUUCCCUGAAUUGGGAGGAAAAAUAUUCACAAAACUUUUUGAUUGUGAAAAUGCAAUAUCAAGAGAAAAAGUAAUAUCUGAUAUAUUAUCAUCCCAUCAAGCUAAUUACCAAAUUUGGCCAGGCAUGAAAAUAAUUUUGGCGACAGUGCAUCUUUUAGAUUAUUUUACAUAUGUACCACCGAAAGGUAGCUGCGGAUUAACCAUUUAUGUAGAACCAUCUGAUGCAUUAGUGCAAACUCAAGUAAAACUUGAAUAUCUAAAAAAUAAUAAACAUCACAUGUUAUCUUUGACAAAUCGUGAACUUAAUUCUCAACGUGUUUUGUAUCAAUGGAAUUUAGCUGCUCUUUAUGAUACUACUGGUUGGAUUUCAGACAAUCUUAAAAUCAAGGCAACUAAAAUUACACCCGAUGGAAAAAUUAUGAAGUUUUGUAUAGAAGCUGAUAGAGAAAUGGACUGGGAAUGGGACUUUUUAAAUGUUAAUCCUACUUCUCCUUGUAAAUUAAAAUUAUUUUUUACUUGGGGACCAUCUGAUACUGCUAAAGGUAAAUGUAAUGGUUCGUCGAUCAUAUUAAAUUUGAUUGGUGAAAUCAGUAAAGCACAACUUGAAGAAAGUCAAAGAGAAAAGUCGCCUCAUAAUCAGUGCCGUAAAGAAUUGAAAAGAAGAAAUUUUAUUCCAUACACUGAUACUUGUUAUGAAGCUUCAAAAGAAUUAUCUAUCUUAAGGAAGUAUCAAUUUUUUCUUAAGUACGAAAAUUUACCAGAGCCACUGUCAAAAAUCGUGUGGAAGUUAAGAGCUGUCUAUGAACUAUUUAGUGGAAACAAUAAUUAUACCAAUAAUUCUGGGCAAUUUCUUUUAAAUGCAGUCUUUCCUAAAGAUUCUGACAGUAGUGAACUGGAAUUAAAUUCAAAUAAAGUGACUAUACCAUAUGGUUCUAAUUUCAUAGAAAAUUUUUUAAUACGAACACGAAUCCAUAGAUAUAUGGACAGUGUUCUUUUUCAUUCAUUUUUUAGCACGUGUAUUAUAGAACCAAAUAUUGUACGAUCAAUUUACAAUACCACAAUUGUUGUUAACUCUCAUAGAAAUAUAUUAUUACUUGGCCAAUGCUACGAUGAUAAUCCAAGAUUUGCUAUUAGAGCUUCUAAAACAAAAAAUAAUUUAAUAAAUGUACUUAUUACUGAUGAAACAGGUACUAUAAAGGUAAUUCAAUAUUACAAUGGUGGACAUAUAUAUAAUGCUACAUCAUAUGUACCAUUAGAAAAGCAUGUGUUCCAAAAAUUUGGAUCUAAAUGGAUAAAAUUGCGUGAUAUAUCUGUUGAUAUAUUGUUUCCUAAUACUCUUUUAUUUAUGCAAUGGACGCAAAAUCAAGUUUUACUUUUAUUUCCUACUUAUUUAACUGAAUUCAGUUGUGGUAUAUGCACAGUUAAUAGUUCUAUUAUUAAUAAUUUUUAUGAAGAAUUAUAGAGUGAUUUAUAAUUUUAUUUAUAUGAAAAAAAAAUAUUUUAUAUUAUAUAAAUACAAGAAUAUUAUAAAUUGCUCUUAAUGUUCUAAUGUAAAUAUUAUUUUGUAUGUUAAUAUAUUAGAGUACAAAACAGAAUGAUGAUUAUUUUGUAUAUCACACAAUAUUAAAUAUA